CUCCGCUUUUCCGCAAGUAUAGUACUCAGCGCGGUUACGGUCCAGUAAAUUGUGAAUCAAUUGCAUUUGUUUAUCAUAAAUCGCUGACGAAUUUAAAGGGAAGAAAGGCAGCAACAAAAAAAAAAAAAAACAACAAUGUGGACCAUAAAAUAUGCAAUCGUGCUAAUUGUUGUUAUAUGUGAAACAACUGCGCAUCGUUGGAUGGCCUAUCAAGUGCCAACAAAUAACGCUUGUCAAACCCCACUUGGCGAUUGGGGGAUGUGCGUCUCAUUGAAAUACUGCCAGGAAGUCUUGAGAUUGUACGAAAAACUGUCUGUAGAUCAAGCGACCAGAUAUUCGAAGGCGCUACGCAAUAUUUGCUAUAAUCGUGUGACUCACGACAACUACCCGAUUCUUUGCUGCACUCGCCCAAUCUUCGAAGAUACAAAUCAAAACGAUAAUCAUAUUCUUCCCACCACAACGAUGCCAACGUCAGCAGAUGAACACCAGCCGACAAUAAAAACUACGAGUACAACAACAGUUGCCUCUCAAACGAAUAGCGAUGAUGAACGUUCAGCGUCGAAUGACAAAAACUCGCCACCGGAAACUUGUCGAGUGCCACACGAUGGCAGCGAUGGCACCUGCAAACCAUUUCAAACUUGCACCGAACUAUUCACACGCGCACAACAAAAUCCCACCGAUAAGGAAUUUCGCAGGCAAUUGGAAUUGUCGAAUGCUAUCUGCUUUAGCAUCGGCACGAAUAUUUGUUGUCCGGUGGCGGAGAAAAAAACGGUGCAACGUUCAAAUGAUGCCGCAUGGCAUUUGCCAUCCGAAGACGAAGGCUGUGGCCUGACGCAUCUUUCAACAUUGAAAGUUGUAGGCGGUGGUAAUAGCAGCAUUGGAUCUUGGCCAUGGAUGGCUCUAAUCGGCUAUGAUCGAUAUAGCUUAUCGCCAUUUCGCUGUGGUGGCGCAUUGAUAACAGCACGACACGUACUGACCGCAGCUCACUGCAUUUUGAGAGACUUAUCAUUUGUACGCUUAGGCGAAUAUGAUUUGAGCACCGAAAGGGAAACCCAACAUUUGGACAUCGAUGUAGUGAAGUCAGUUCGUCAUCCAAAUUUCGGUGGCAGAGAUCGCCGCUAUGACAUUGCUGUCUUAUAUCUGGAGAAAAAUGUUGAUUUUACAGAUUUCAUUUGCCCCAUUUGCUUACCCACAUCACAGCAGUUGCGCAGUAAAUCCUACAUAGGCUAUCAUCCCUUUGUAGCCGGUUGGGGACGUGUCAUGGAAGGAGGGCGCUCAUCAAAUAUACUGCAAGAACUACAAAUUGAAGUUAUGGAUAAUUCUGUUUGUCGACGUAGCUAUGAAGCGAACAAAAGGCUUGUAUCCAAUCAACAGUUUGACGAUACGGUGGUAUGUGCCGGCGAUUUAGGUGGCGGACGUGAUACGUGUGGCGGUGAUUCGGGUGGACCGCUAAUGGUGGCGGAGCCAUAUAAAGGCGUGACACGCUUCUAUGCACUCGGCGUGGUCUCAUACGGCAUUGGUUGCGGGCGCAUUGGCAUACCAGGCGUUUAUACAAAUACACAACAGUACAUAGAUUGGAUAUUGGAGAUGCUGGCGCAGACUUUCCUUAAGUGGCAAUUUCGAAAUUGCUAUAAGAUGAGAACUUCUAUAGCUCUAUUGGCAUUUGCUUUUGCCAUACUGCCAGCGGUUUACUCACAAGGCCAGUAUAACUGCGUCACACCGGAAAACUACUACGGUUUUUGCGUGCAACUACAAUAUUGUCCACAAAUAGCGAAUGUAUUCAACGUACGCAAUCGCAAUCAAGCCGAACGCUAUGUUAUAGCAUCUCAGCGUUCUUGUGGCACACGCAGUGUUAACGGCAAUCCACUGGUUUGCUGCUCACGGCCAGUUAAUCCAGCGCCGCAGCCACAGCCGCAGCCGCAGCCACAGCCGCAGCCGCAGCCACAACCACAACCGCAGCCACAACCACAACCGCAGCCACAGCCUAUUACGGAACGACUGACAAAUCCUUUCCUACCCACCGUACCUUCAACUACUUCGGCACCAGUUAUAAUACAACCGAGACCAGCAACCAAUCAACCACUUCAGAUCUCAACUUCUCGUCCCACAGCAACAACGAGUACAACAGAGGCGCCAAGAGAAGUUGUAGAUCGUGCAUCUGGACAGGAAUGUGUUGAUCCAAGAUUACGACGCGGUGUUUGUACUGCCAUCUCCAGUUGCCCACAAUUGAUUACAGAACUCUAUGCGAAAUCGAAUGAUCCUGAAUUUGCUGAUUAUUUACGUGCCUCAAAUCGCAAUUGUGGCGGUGCUGGUUCUGUUGCUUGCUGUCCGACAACAGACAAAGCCGUCACAAAUGCGCCAGUGAUAAUACACAAUUCUGACGAGGUGCCAACACGUCCACUAACUUUGGAGGAGGGUUGCGGUCAUACAUCGAAUUCUUAUAAGAAAAUUGUUGGUGGAGAAGUGAGUAAGAAGGGUGCAUGGCCAUGGGCAGCACUGCUAGCCUAUCCAGAUGGUUCUUCAGCUUCACCAUUCAAAUGUGGCGGCACGCUGGUGACAGCACGACAUGUGAUUACCGCCGCACAUUGCAUACGGAAUGAUCUCGCCUAUGUACGUUUGGGUGAACACGAUUUGAGUACCGACACGGAGACGCGACACGAGGAUAUAAAUAUUGUGCGGAAAGAAGCACAUCCACAGUACAACAGACGUAAUGGCAAGUCGGAUGUGGCUUUACUUUGGCUCGAACGCAACGUACAGUUCCGCGACACCAUUUCACCAAUCUGUCUCCCCACUACACAAUCGCUUCGCACAAAAUCCUACGUAAAUUAUACACCUUUCGUUGUGGGCUGGGGCAAAACCAUGGAGGGUGGUAUUUCGGCGACCGUCUUGCAGGAGUUGCAAAUACCGAUUUUCAAAAAUGAUGUCUGCGAAAAUAGCUACCGUCGCAUCAAUCGCCUAGUAUCGCAGGAUCAAUUCGAUUCAGGUGUACUAUGCGCAGGCGUGCUCUCUGGCGGCAAAGAUACAUGCCAAGGUGACUCUGGUGGGCCAUUGAUGAUACCAGAGUCUUAUAAAGGUGACUUCCGCUACUAUUUGAUCGGUGUAGUCUCGUAUGGUGUGGGUUGUGCGCGACCAGAAGUGCCUGGUGUAUACUCGAGUGUGCAACACUAUGUCGAUUGGAUAUUGGAGAAGAUUGCUGAUACAACAUGAGAUUUAAAUUAUUAUUAUUUUUUUUUAAAUAUUUAUUUAAGUUAUUAUAUUUUUGGUUUUAAUUUCGAAAUGCCUAAAUGUGCUAAUGGUUUUUAAAUGAGUAAGAAGUCAUACUUUAAUUCUUUUUUAAUA